AUGUCCAAAUCACCGUCGGAAAAUAAGGAUCCUUCCACAUUCAAGGCCCAAGAGUCUAACGGAGGUUCAGCAAAUGCAUCCGCCUCUACUGCAUCGACUCAAGCCGAGAUGGUUAAGGCAUUCCAGGACCUCACUAGGGGUGAGCAACAAGCCGCGGCUUUAGAAGCAAGUUUGACAAGCUUAGAGAGCAAGCUCGAUGCCUUAUUAGCAUCUAUUGAAGCUGGACCUGCCUCGCCUAAUGCAAAUAAGACGAAAGAGAACUCCGAAGAGCAGGGGCAUAAUGCAGAAAAAUAA